ACCAGCUUUUUCACAAUCUUUUUUUUUAACCCCUUUUCAGGACCAUAUAGGCCUAAACCCAUUUGUGAAAAUUUGAGUCCUACCUUUUUUCCAUGGACAACGAGAUAUUUUAGUUUGAGUUAGACCUAUUUCGUCCUGCUUUUGGAUUCUCUUCUUUCGUUGGUAUGCAACCAUGAUUUGUUGUAAUAAAAAGCUAAUAUGUAGGGGAUACAUUACAAUGUCAAGUGUGAAACUAAGGUCUCAUGAACCACCAGUGAAACCUGAAACUGAGGUAAGCUGGGAAAUGGAGUUGUUUAGGACCAUGAGGCGCACGCUGGCGAGUCCCUGUAGAGGAGCGCAUGGACGGGAGAGGAGUGUUGUGUUGGAGCGUCGAUCGUCUCCUCGCAGCGCUGAUCCCGGUGAUGCUGCCGCUCAAGUGUUGCAUGCUGAAGACUCCAGACGCUGUGAGGGAGCUCUGGCUCCGAUACGAUGAAGGCUCGAUGUGCGAUGGGCAACGAGGGUAACUGAAGAUGAAGAUCAGAGUGUGCCAAGGUGUUAGUGGCAUCAUCAUCAUCACCAUGGUUACCAGUUUUAUGUUGGUGUACAACAGCCGCACUGGGGACAGAUCCUCUUCUUCGUCAGCGCAGUCAUUGUCAUCCCAGCGUUCAGAUGGACCUGCUCCAUCCAGAAAGCCACAGAGACCUCCAGUAUCGACUCUGGAGGGAUACACAGGUGUUAUGGAUCAUAAGCAUCUGAAGAUGCACUGCAGGACGUGUGCCCUGGUGACCAGCUCCGGCCAGCUUACAGGGAACAAGAGAGGAGAAGAAAUUGACCGCUCUGAGUGUGUAAUCCGUAUGAACGAUGCCCCCAACAUUGGCUAUCAGCAGGAUGUUGGCCGAAUCACAAGCCUGCGUGUCAUAGCUCACGCGAGCCUGCAGAGGGUGCUGCGGAGCCGACAGCAGCUACUAAACGUGAGCCAAGACACGGUGUUCAUCUUCUGGGGACCCAGCAACUGCAUGAGACGGGACGGGAAAGGACACGUUUACAACAACCUCAGGCUGUUAAACCAGCUGCUGCCCAAACUUAAAAUCUUUACCAUUUCAAGGAUCAGAAUGCUGAAGUUUGAUGAACUUUUUAAAAAGGAAACUGGGAUGGAUAGGAAGAGUUCCAACUCCUGGCUGAGUACGGGCUGGUUCACCAUGGCCAUCGCUCUGGAGCUGUGCGACAGGAUUAACGUGUACGGCAUGGUGCCUCCUGAUUACUGCAGAUCCUCCUCCAAUCCCUCCGUGCCGUAUCAUUACUAUGAGCCCUCGGGGCCCGACGAAUGCUCCAUGUACCUCUCCCAUGAGAGGAGCCGACGAGGAAGCCACCACCGCUUUAUCACCGAGAAGACAGUGUUUGCAAACUGGGCUCGAACCCUCAACAUCCACUUUUACCAGCCUGACUGGAAGCCAGCUGCUGUCAUCAGUGGCAUGAACAGCUCCUACACUCUUGUUCCUGCUGGAUCCUGAGAUUCCCUCGUGAGACGAUACCCAGAAGUGCACAAUAUGAGCGUGGAUGUUUUUCAGCGUGCAGAUUCUCGCUAGGGCUGACAUGAAUGUAUGAGACAGCAGUAAGACAGAAACAAGCCUCUGUUGUGGCUCUUAGCCCUCCGCCUAAGCAGCUUGGCAGAAUGGGAUCAUUGCAUGAAAGCAGCACAAAGCCUCAACAAUGUUGGGGAAGUAUAACCGCAAUAGGAUGAAUUUAAUACUGGAAUGAAACCAACAGCAGCUGGCUCAAGUGUGACUUUUAACACUUAGAGCUCUAAGAGACGAGUCACUGACAGUAAGUGCAAUAAAUGCGCACUGAUUCAUUGUUCUGUAUUUAAACACAAGACAAAUUCACUUAGGAUUUAGAGGUUAUGGCUGUAAAAAUGUAAAUAAGUCUAUUGAAAUGACUCUGGAACAUUUUUUACUUUUCAAUUAGAUAGAUGCAUAGAUUAGAACACUGUUUUCUAAAGACUGAUUGUGAUAUGUUGAGAGCCACUAUCCAACUUUUUUAAACAUGUUGUUUAUACAUUCACAUCUUGUUGACAGUUCCAUUUUCAUAAUACAGACAACAAGGUCAAAACAGAGAGAAAUAAGUGUAUUCAUACUGUUAAUAUAUAUAAUAGAACAAACCAAUCACAUUGCAGAAUGUCACUUAAAUACGCAAACAUGCAGCAUGUUACAUCAAUGAAUUGAAGAAUGGAGGAACUAAGAAGACAAAGUUCAAGAGUGGCUAACUGGUGUACAUGAUAAUAUGUUGUUGGUAUAUUUUGUUUUUUACUGAAUGAUGUUCAAAUGAAAUGCAGUAGAGCUGGGCUUAAAGUGUGCAUCAAUAGUGUAUUACAUUGAAUCUGGAUCUGAUGAUUUCUUUAGCCAGCUGCAGCAAUGAAAUGUCAUUAUCAUUCAAAACGUUUAUUUAAGAUGACUUUAACGACUUAUCAAUCAUCAAUCAUUUACCACUGAAAUAUUGGUAUAAACCCUUUUUCCAAAACCCCAUACAUUUAGUUUUCAAAGAUGUAAAACAGAAAAAAACAUGCAGCAACUGAUUAUCAUUUCUUAUCUGCAUUAUAGUAAAUUCCUCAUCGUAUCAUUUCAGUGCUGCUUUUGUUGCAGUAUGAGAUCUCCUAAUGUGCAGCGAUGAUUUAAAGAGCUGCAGGAGCACAACAUAUGGUGUACUGCUGCUGAUGACUGGUGAUGUCGAAUGUAGGACACAUUGUGUCAGAACUUCAUUUAAGGACACAUUUUCCCCUGUAAAAGUGGCCCUAACUCAUAAUUAUUUUUAGCACGAAAAAAAUUGUAAUUGGAGAAAAAGCUAGAUUAAAGGAAUCUAUUCUACAGCUUGAUUAAGGCUUUGACCAGCACUUAGUCCAUCAGCUCGGGAUAAUUGAAUGAACGAACAUGAGAAACUAGAAGUCUGAAGUUCUUUGGUGAUGAAUCAGGUCAUUUUGCUUUCUGAUAACUUCAAUCUUGGUGUUGGCUCGACCUGGAGAUAAUAUGCAUGUUUUUAAUAUGUGGUAAACAUACAUGAAUCAAUAGAAAAAUGGGCAAGUGAUCCCUCAAAUCAGCAAGUUAAAGUCUGAAACAUUUUCCCACCUUUUUUAAAACUGUAAAAUUAUGUUUUAAAGUGUAGUGAUUCCACCUGAUUUCAUUGUGCAUUCUUGAGACGACUUUACGAUUAAAUGAACAUACUGUAUAUUAAA